UGGUAACCCGUGGUUGCCAUACGCGUGCAAAAGGGACACACCGGGCGGCACGUCACCACGGUUACAGCAUACACAGAGUCAUGGCACUUAAUAGCCCUGAAUUAAAGUCUAUCGAAGAGGGGGGUCAAGAAUCGCUUUAAAUGGAGCUGGUUGCUGGAGACUGUCGAAGUUGAGGGAAACACUUUAUCACUCAAUUGCUUUAGCAAACUUAGAGAACCAGGUAAAGCAAUUUGCAACAUUUGCAACCACCCUAUUAACUAUGGCACAAGUGGGAAGAUUGCACUCCGGAAACAUAUGAUGCAUCCAAAACAUAUGAAACUGUGGAAGAUCCAACAGCAGAACAUGUACAUUGAGAUCGCACGAGCUGAUAACAUCAUUGUUGCAGCUCCACACAACAACUCGGCACAACCCAGAUCAAUUCCUCCUCUAUGCAACCGUGUUGCUCAGGAUCAAGCACUUGUUCUUGGAUUUAUUGCUGAGAAUUCUCUUCCCCUAUCAGUCACGUCUGGGAUUAUUAAAUUGGCUCAAGAGUUGGCCAAAGAUCCAAAAGCACUUGCUGAACUGUCAAUGGACAGGACAUCAGCAUCAUACAAGCUUACCCAUGGUGUGAAGAAGACUAUCCUGGAUGAAGUACUUGAGGAAAUCAGAAGUGUCCCCUUCUCCCUCAAUAUUGAUGAGGCCACAAGCAAGACAAACAAAAGAGUAUUAGGUGUGCUUGUUAGUUACUGGUCCGAUAAACACGAGAGGAUGGUUGUCCAACACCUUGCAGCUUUGGAGCUCAUAUCUGUAACGGCAGAAUCUCUCUUCAGUGCACUGGAUGGGCUUUUUGAAAGGAUGAAUGUCCCAUGGGAUAAUCUGGUGUCAAUUCUCAUGGACUCCUGUGCUGUUAUGAGGGGCUCUAAAAAUGGCUUGGAAAAGAAGAUCAGAGACCGCCGUACCCCUCAUCUCCUCGACAUCGAUGGUGACUCAUGUCACCACCUUCAUAAUGACAGUUGUGCUGUCCUUUUGAGCGUUGGGUUGAGUCUUUGCUGUCAGACCUGCACACAGACCACAAAUGGUCAGCUGACAUGA